GUCAUCCCCACCCUGGAAUAUGAAGUCCACAAAACCUGGAAGCGUCUCCUCCUGUCUCCCGGCUGCGGCCCCAAACGGGCUACAAAGCAGUACAGAAACUAGCUUCGCCCCGCGCCCACGCCCUCCGAACGCACCACGGGUCACGUGCCCGAACGGAGAAAUAUCAUCGAGUCCGUCCUCCAGCCUCCCAGAGAGGACUCGGAAGUGCCCUAGAGCCAGCGCGGGCCCUUCCGGCCGGGCCGUCCGCGCUUUUGUCCCGCCGGCGGCCGGGCUCCCGCGGAGCAGCCACACAGCUAUGUCACAUUUGAAGACGAGGGGCACUGAGAAUGAGGAAUCAACUGAAAAGUAUGGAAAUGAUGGAAAUGCAGAAUCUGUGUGGCCAAAAGUGGAAAGUUUUCACAAGGAUCAUAUACAGGAAUCUAAGGUUGGUGAAACUUGUGAUUGGGAUAGCAAGGUAGAAAGUCGAUUGGAAAAUCCGGAGGGAAAAAGGAGGAUGGAAGACAAAAGUGGCACCAGGGAAAAGAUUGGCAAAGCCAAGAACACAGCAAAUAUAAAGAUGGAACAGGAAGAUGAGGCAUCUGAGAAAAGCUUGUAUCCAAGCUCAAAACAUAUUACACACCAGACUGUCCCUAUAGAACAGAUAAGCAGUGAACAAGACAAAUGUGUGGAGAACCUUAAUGGAAACUCUCAUCCUGGUCUACAGCAGAAAACCAGUGCUGCUAAGAAAUCACACAGAUGUGAGGAGUGUGGGAAAUCGUUCAAAUACAAUUCACGCCUUGUUCAACAUAAAAUUAUGCAUACUGGGGAAAAACGCUAUGAGUGUGAUGACUGUGGAGGGGCUUUCCGGAGUAGCUCAAGCCUUCGAGUCCACAAACGGAUCCAUACUGGGGAGAAACCGUACAAGUGUGAGGAAUGUGGGAAAGCCUACAUGUCAUACUCCAGCCUUAUAAACCAUAAAAGCACCCACUCUGGGGAGAAGAACUGUAAAUGUGAUGAGUGUGGGAAAUCCUUCAAUUAUAGCUCUGUGUUGGACCAGCAUAAGAGGAUCCACACAGGGGAGAAGCCCUACGAAUGUGGUGAGUGUGGGAAGGCUUUCAGGAACAGCUCUGGUCUCAGAGUCCACAAAAGGAUCCACACAGGGGAGAAGCCCUAUGAAUGUGACAUCUGUGGGAAAACUUUCAGUAAUAGCUCUGGCCUUAGGGUCCACAAAAGGAUACACACAGGCGAGAAACCUUAUGAAUGCGAUGAGUGUGGGAAGGCCUUCAUUACUUGCAGAACACUUCUAAACCAUAAAAGCAUCCACUUUGGAGAUAAACCUUAUAAAUGUGAUGAGUGUGAGAAAUCAUUUAAUUAUAGCUCUCUCCUCAUUCAGCAUAAAGUCAUCCACACUGGAGAGAAACCUUAUGAAUGUGAUGAAUGCGGGAAGGCCUUCAGGAACAGCUCAGGCCUUAUAGUGCACAAAAGGAUCCACACGGGAGAGAAACCUUACAAGUGUGAGGUCUGUGGCAAAGCGUUCAGCUAUAGCUCAGGCCUCGCAGUUCAUAAAAGCAUUCACCCUGGGAAGAAAGCUCAUGAAUGUAAGGAUUGUGGAAAAUCCUUCAGCUAUAACUCACUUCUCCUUCAGCAUAAAACCAUUCACACUGGAGAGAGACCUUAUGUUUGUGACUUGUGUGGGAAAACAUUUAGGAACAAUUCAGGCCUCAAAGUCCAUAGGAGGCUCCAUACUGGGGAAAAACCAUAUAAGUGUGAUGUUUGUGGGAAAGCCUAUAUCUCACGCUCUAGCCUUAAAAACCACAAAGGAAUCCAUCUUGGGGAGAAGCCCUAUAAAUGUAGUUAUUGUGAGAAGUCUUUCAAUUACAGCUCUGCCCUUGAACAACAUAAAAGGAUUCAUACAAGGGAAAAACCUUUUGGAUGUGAUGAGUGUGGAAAAGCCUUCAGAAAUAAUUCAGGCCUUAAAGUACAUAAACGGAUCCACACUGGGGAGAGACCUUACAAAUGUGAAGAAUGUGGGAAAGCCUACAUCUCACUCUCAAGCCUUAUAAAUCAUAAAAGUGUACACCCUGGGGAAAAGCCCUAUAAGUGUGAUGAGUGUGAAAAAGCUUUCAUCACCUACCGAACCCUUAUAAACCACAAAAAAAUCCAUCUUGGGGAGAAGCCCUACAAAUGUGAUGUAUGUGAGAAAUCUUUUAAUUACACUUCACUCCUUUCUCAACACAAAAGGGUCCACACUAGAGAGAAACCUUAUGAGUGUGACAGGUGUGAGAAGGUCUUCAGAAACAACUCAAGCCUUAAAGUGCAUAAAAGAAUCCACACGGGGGAGAAGCCCUAUGAAUGUGACGUGUGUGGAAAAGCCUACAUCUCACACUCAAGCCUUAUUAACCAUAAAAGUACCCACCCUGGCAAGACUCCCUACACAUGUGAUGAAUGUGGAAAAGCUUUUUUCUCAAGCAGAACUCUAUUAAGCCAUAAAAGAGUCCAUCUUGGGGAGAAACCCUUCAAAUGUGUUGACUGUGGGAAGUCUUUCAAUUACAGUUCACUCCUUUCUCAACACAAGAGGAUUCACACAGGAGAAAAACCUUAUAUAUGCGAUAGGUGUGGAAAGGCAUUCAGGAACAGCUCAGGCCUGACAGUGCAUAAAAGGAUUCAUACGGGCGAGAAACCCUAUGAAUGUGAUGAGUGUGGGAAGGCAUACAUCUCACACUCAAGUCUUAUUAACCAUAAAAGUGUCCACCGUGGGCAGCAGCCCUAUAAUUGUGAGUGUGGGAAAUCCUUCAAUUACAGAUCAGUUCUUGACCAACACAAAAGGAUCCACACUGGAAAGAAGCCAUACCGAUGUAAUGAGUGUGGGAAGGCUUUUAAUAUCAGAUCAAAUCUCACGAAGCAUAAAAGAACCCAUACUGGAGAGGAAUCUUUAAAUGUGAUAAAUGUGGGAAGUCACAGUGACACAUCACAGAAGAGAACUCAUGAGGGAGGGAAUGCUCUGGAAGGGACCAAGAUGAGCAUAUCUGUAGGAGGCAGAGCUUACCAAGUCUCAACUCAAAUGGAAGAAAAACCUUAUGAAUGUAUGAAUAUCAUAUGA